GCACAGCGCUUCUGUCAGUAAAAGCCUCUUUUGUCUCUCCCGUCCUCGUCUGAGCCCUGGGAGGGGCUGGUGAGCUUGCAGGAAGGAUGUUGCGCCGCAGGAGCUUUAGGACCGCCUGGGACUGGGAUGCGAUGGGCUUAAUCCCGAGCGGUUUCUCCUUUCCCCGCCGGGGGGCGCUGCCGCCGCCCCGGGGCUCGGCGCCGGCUGUGGGGCGGGGAGUGUCUGUCCGGGACCUGCGAGGGCAAGUCCAGCUUUAGCUCGAGGCAGAUCGGGCUGCUGGUCCCUGGUGCUGCAACCACAGCAGCUCCCUAUGUCCUCUGUCGGAUGGGGGAUCUCUGAGGCUGCAAGGCCUCCAUCUGUAGAAUGGCUGCUGCUUCUUUCCGCUAUGGAGUGACCAUCCUUGGGGCUGUCCUGCUGGUGACAGGAACACUUUGUUUUGCCUGGUGGAGCGAUGGAGAGGUGGAGCCCACAUCUAGUAAUGACCCUCAGGUUGUGCCUCACGGAGAAGCCGAAGUGGUCCCCAGCUCCAGCUCCUCUAAUGUGUUGCUCAGGUCCGUCAGCUUCUUCUGCUGUGGCAUCGGCGGGAUCCUCCUUCUCUUUGGGCUCCUGUGGUCUGUGAAAGCAAAUGCUAGGGUGGUGUCUCAGCGCUAUCAAUACCACUUUCCUAGAGACCUUCACUACUUCACGGUGGAGCCUCUUGAAAAAUGGACGUGCAGCACCUGGGACGCCAAUGCUGUCCCCACCUAUGAAGAAGCCCUGAGCUGCCGGCUGGCUGCAGGCACCCUUGGUUACAUACAGCCUCCUGGCAGGAAGGAGGAGAAUACGCCGCCAGUUCACCAAGUAGUUGAUGAGGAUGAGAUGUGGCAAGGGAGCUGGAGACGCAGCUCCUCAGACAGCGAGCUGCUCAGGAGCUUACCUGUGCGGCUGGAGAUGGAGUUGCAGGAUGACCCAAGAGCUACCCCACCACCCAGCUAUGAAAACAUCAGCAUACGUGGUGUAUGAUCUGCAGAGCGUGCCAGGUGCUUGGGACUCUGUAGAUUUCUACGUAGUCUGUUUGCUUUAGAGCCUGCCCUUCCCAUCUGUAAUAUAUUGGUGAUGAACUGAACAGGGAGAGGUAAAUCCACUGUUACAAUCAGAAUCUCUUUUCAGGGAAUAAAUCCAGAUUAAUCAGAGUAGGGUGACUGAUCUCAAGGCUGCUGAUUUCUGAAUUCUGUGGAUAAUCCAUAUAUUUUAAAGCCUUCAGAUUUUUAAUGAAACUGCUGAUGAUUGCACAUGCAUUACAUUUUACAGGCAGUAGGGCAGAGAACAGUUAUUUAUUUGGACUGCAAAGGAUGUCCACUGAAAUACAUGGGGAACCAGAGAGGUACAGCUAAGGUUUGCAUUUCUGUACAUAUAUAAGUGAUUUAGGUUUUAAAACUUGUUUUCAGAAGUGAUAUAGGCACUGAGAAGGUUAUGUUCUGUUGCCUUUCAGUGACACAGCUAUUAUUUUCAAGUGAUUUUAAGAGCCCUUAGGGACUUGAUUUUCAAAAAGGGUACCCCAAAAUUGACACCUGCUGAUUUUUAAAAUCUUGGCCUUAGCUCCUAAGUACCUGAGAAUAUGUCUACAAUGUAGUUGGAGCAGCGAUUGCACAAUUGCAGUGUUAUAUAGACAUAUGCAAUCUAUCUUUAAACUGGCUAGUUUGGGUACCAGUAGCAGGCAUCCUGGAUCUCCGUAUAGACUAAUUCACCCUGCUUCAUAGGCUGGUUUGGAAGCCCAUGCUGAGCUCUAUGCUAAACUGCUACUGGCGUUUGAGCCAGUUAGUCUAAAGCUGCCUUGGAUAUGCCUAAACCACACCAGACUCACUGCAAUGACAGACCCUGCGUUACUUGUGACAAUGAGUCUCACUUUUCACGCCUCGAGGUACUUCUGGAAAGUUUUUAUUCUAAGUCCAUAGGUAUCAACAUAAAAACAGAGGCUCUCAAGCUAUAGUCACUACUGGCAUCUUGCCAUCAGCUGGAGGGCUCAGCGAAGCCAGACUUUAUGAGCUGUAUUGAAAGCAAAAACACUCUGACUUCUGCUGAUCAUUUCCCUGCACGGAAAAUCAGACUUUGUAAAAGUAUCCCAAGCAACACAAACCGUAUGGCAAAGGGGUAUCAGGGAACCCUGGAUACUAAUGAGCUGAUAGCAGUGCUCCAUGACUGGAGUAGUUUGUAUUCAGCUUGUUUUUCCAUUAAAUCUGUUGCUUUGCUGCUG